AUGGUGUACCAUUACCUUUGUUUUCAUUGUUCCGUUAGAUUCACCUUUUGUCUCUCUUCCUCUUCUCUUUUACUACUUGAUUUACUUGAGUUUGAAGAUUACAAAGAAAGCAACUGUAGUGGAAGAACAUUGAUAUCAAUUUCAGGACUCUUUGUGUGGACUUUGCAGGUUAUAUACUUAAUGGAUAAAAGUUGGAUAAAUAUAUUGAAUAGGCUUGAUCCUUUAUAUGAGAAUGGAGCCAAAGAGUUUUUUCAUUUUGCAUCAUUAGAUAGGCCAGAUGCAUCUGCAAUAUUGUGUCCAUGUCGAAAGUGUCGUAAUAUGAAAUUUGUUCAAAAAGAUUUGAUUGUUGAACAUAUUGUGGUUGAUGGAUUUCUAACUAGUUACACUAGUUGGAUUUAUCAUGGUGAGGAGCUAUUUUCAUCAAAAUUGGUCAAUCAGUUAGAUAAAGGUGAUGAGAUGCAAGACAUGUUACAUGAAGCAUUUGGAAUUCCUCCUACAUCUUUUGUUGAUAUGGACACUAGUGCUGAAGGAUUUGAUGGGUCAAAUCAACAUAACAUGGGUUUUGAUAAGAAGACUGAAGAAUUCUUUCGCUUACUGAAAGAAGCUGAACGUGAGUUAUAUCCUAGAAGCAAGUAUUCACUACUUUCGUUCCUUGUUCGUCUAUUACACUUAAAGUGUCUCAAUGGAUGGAGUAACAAAUCAUUUUCCAUGCUAUUAGAGUUGUUAAAAGAUGUGCUUCCAGAAGGUGAAACAUUGCCCAAGUCCUUUUAUGAUUCAAAGAAGAUUAUUAAAGAUUUAGGACUUGAAUAUAAAAAGAUACAUGCAUGUCCAAAUGAUUGUAUGAUUUAUUGGAAUGAGACGAAAGAUAGAACGUCUUGUAAGUUUUGCAAAGCUCCAAGAUACAAACAGUUCAAAGGGGCAUCAGUUAAUUCUAGUUUAGAAACAUCAAAAAUUCCAUCAAAGGUGUUUAGAUAUUUUCCAUUAAUACCACGACUUCAAAGACUAUUUAUGUCAGCUAAAACAUCUACUCAAAUGAGAUGGCAUGCUGAAGGUCGCACUAGAGAUGGAGUAAUGCGACAUCCUGCAAACAGUAUUGCUUGGAGGAAAUUUGAUGAAGCACAUACAGAUUUUGCUCGAGAUCCUCGAAAUGUUAGACUUGGAUUGGCUUCAGAUGGCUUUAGUCCAUUUAAGUCUAUGUCUAUCUCACAUAGCACAUGGCCUGUUAUCUUGAUUCCAUAUAAUUUGCCACCAUGGUUGUGCAUGAAACAACCAUAUAUGAUAUUAUCAACUAUUAUUGAUGGUCCUUGUGCACCAGGUAAUGAUAUUGAUGUCUAUCUACAACCCUUAGUUGAUGAGUUAAAAGAAUUGUGGGUUGGUGUUGCCACUUAUGACAUAUCAAACAAUCACAUGUUUCAAAUGCGUGCAACAUUGCUUUGGACAAUUAGUGAUUUUCCAGGGUUAGGUAACUUAUCAGGAUAUGGUGUGAAAACUAGAUAUGCUUGUCCAUGUUGUCUUACCAAAACUAAACAUACAAGGUUGAAAAAUGGGCGAAAAUAUUGUUUCAUGUCUCAUAGACGAUGGUUAUCUCAUGGACACAAGUUUCGAAAAGAUAAAGUGGCAUUCAAUGGCCUUGUGGAGUUAGAUGGAGCACCUAAACGGUUGACGGGAAUUGAGAUUCUUAAGCAAUUGAAUAAUGUUAAAAACAAGUUUGGUAAAGAUCUAUUGGCCAAAUCUCGUAAAAGGAAAUGGGAUGAUGUUGAUAAUUUGGUGCAAAAUAUAUGGAACAAAAAGAGCAUAUUUUUUGAGUUGGAAUACUGGAAAGACAAUAUGAUUCGUCAUAAUCUUGAUAUGAUGCAUAUUGAAAAGAAUGUCUUUGACAAUAUAUUUUGGACAUUAUUGAAUGUUGAUGGAAAAGGAAAAGAUAAUUUAAACUCCCGUUUAGAUUUACAAGAGAUGGGGAUCUGA